AUAUUUCAUUUCCUAACUUUCCAUAAUUUAUUGUAAUUGUAUGUCUAUAUUUUCUUGACUCGAGAGUUAACAAAGAAGAAUACUCUCAACAAAAAUUAAAGUGUUAAUUCAGAGAAAUCACAGUGAGAUGAGAUCAAAACUCUCUAUCAGAGCAGAAAUUGUGUUCCGUAUAUGCUUGGAUUUCAAAGCCAUGGAUUUCAAAGCAGAUGCAACAAAGGAUUGAUUUUUUAAUAACAAAUGUACAAGAACUAAAUUGGUUUUAAUUAAGUUCUUUUUCUCUUCGUAGCAGGGUGGCGGAGGAGGUAGAGGCAUCACUCUGUUGUUCUGGGAGAGCUAGGUUUGAAUUUGGAUAAGAAUCAUUGAAGAGUAAUACUUUCAAUAAGUAUUGCAAAAUUGAGGAACAUUUAAAAAAACAAAUUGGGAUGAUCUUAUUGAAAACAGUAUCCAUUUCCCCUCAUUUUUCUCAGUUUUUACUUGGAGGAGGGCCUUUUUUUCCGAUUAUUACUAUAUAGCAGUGUAUUACAUACAUGAAGUUGGUCCCCCUAAAUGUUUGUACUAACUAAAAAUUUGUCAUUCAAUUGUUCUAUGUUUGUAUUGGAUUGUUCAAAAUUUUUGUACCAUGAUAUUUUAUUAGUUAGAUGCAAAUUUAAAUCCCAGACAAGACCAUAGAAAAAUUUAGGACUCAGAGGUAGAGGCCCCUUUGCCAUUAAUUUUUUGAACAAAUGACAUAUGUAAAAUGUUUAUCGACAGUCUUAAAUUUAAUAAAGAAUUAAACUGACAGUCCUUUAUCUGUCAGUAAUCAGGUAUUCGUCUAUGCAAGGAAUGGCCAGAUUAGCAGGAGUCUCCUGUAUAUUUUUUGUAAAGUUUUACCAUGUUAAUUUAAUGAAUUAGUUCCUAUAACAGAGAUAUUGAAAAAAAGUUAUCACGUAAUAAUUGCCGCGCUAAAUUGUUCGCUUCGUUUGUUAAAAACAGACACUGAAAUUACGAAAAUUUAAAAAGAAAAAAAUUGAAUUGAAAUAGUGAAUGAAAGAAUGGCUCCACCGCAAACCGCUUAUCAAGUGGAAAAUUUUGAUCCUUUUCCUAACGAAGAUUUAAUAUGUAGCAUUUGCGACUACGUUUUCUACGACCCAGUAGAAUGCCCGUGUCGUCACGUUUACUGCCGAAAUUGCAUUUGCGAUUGGUUGAGCUGUCAGAAUACCUGCCCCGUUUGCAGGAAAUCGGUUAUUUUAUACGAGCUUCAAGCCGUAGGGCCUAUAAUCAAAAAUAUGAUAAUGAAGUUGACCAUUCGUUGUCCGAAUUCCGAACACGGUUGCAAGCAGAAUUUCGCCUUGGAGGAAUACGAUUCUCACUUAUCUAAUUGUGAUUACGCAAUAGUAAAAUGCAAUAAAUGCCAAGAGGAAAUGGUAAUUAAAGAUAGAUUUAAACACGAGCAAUUAGAAUGCAAUUAUCGAUUAAUUCAAUGCAAAAAAUAUUGCUCUCUCAUGUUGCCCGCUAAUGUAAUGAAAUCUCACAAUUGCGCUGAAGAAUUGACAAAGGAAAUAGGAGAUAAGAAGAAAUUAAUUAACGAAUUAAAACAUAAUUUAAAAUAUUGUAAGAAACAAUUCAAUAAAGAUGCAACAUCGAGUCAAGUUGUUAACGAUAUUAGAGCGGGUAAAUCAUCUGCAGUUACUUUUAUUAAUAAAAUGAAGAAACUUCUAGUUGAUUUUUCAAGGCGUGUGCAUCGAAAAGAACAGGCGAAAGAAACCAAUAAUCGUCCCGAAAAUAUUGAUAAUUCGUGGGAAGGCAAUGGCAUUGAAUCAGAUUUAAUUAAUGCCAAUCGAUUGCAUUGCGCACCCGUAUUUCAUUGUUUCCGUGACGAAAUUUUUAACCCAUCGGAUUCGAGUGAAGCAGAAAUACGUAGCGUGAUGACGACAUUAGAUGAACCCGGUGAAUUUAUAAUACCAACACGCAGAAAUAUUGGUACCGAAUGUUCUUCUGGUCAUAAUGAAAAUAGUAUGGCAUCAACACCCAAUGUAUCAAUUACAGCGGACGAGAUGCAAGAACGGAAGAAAUUUCACUCGGGUGUAAAUAUUUCACACGAAAUGCAAAGGAUUAAACAUUUACCAAUUGUAAUGUUUACAAUUCCAAAUGUGAGAAUGUCAAAACAACGGAAAUUUUCUAAUUCUACAAAUGCAAUUGGCAAACUAGAAACAAGGCAGAUUCCAUAUUUAAACCAGGAUAAUGUCAAAAGAAUAAAAUUAAAUCUAAAGACACCAGAAAUAAUUCAAAAUCCUGGGACGUCAUCGAAAGGAAGAUUGAAAAUUAAUUGUAUAAGUGAAAAUGUAUGCGAUAGAAAUAUAUUAUUGCGAGAAACAAAUGAGAGAGAAUUGCCUUUAGAUAAUAAUUCGCAGGUUCAGAUGGAAGAUCUCUGUAUUCCUCCAUUAGAAGAUAUAAAUUCUACAAGAGAUGUGGAUAAAUGCGAAAUUUCUGAAGCACGGGGAGUUAAUUAUAAAGCUUUUAAUCGCAAAAGCCGCGUUUUAAGAAUUGUACGAAAACUAUUUAUAAACUGUUUAGCAUCUAACCAUUGCCGUUAUAAUGACGAUAGCGAUUUUGAAUUAUGCGGGAAUUUUGAUAAACCGGAUAAUACAGUAAUGAAAUAAAUUUUGAAAAAACAUGAAUUAAUUUAAAUGCCAAAAUUUGUUAAUUAAA